CGCAGCAUUGCGCAUACGAGCAGGUCACAGCCUUGUUGGAGGCAGAGUAUGAGGAGCAAGUGCAACCUGGAUUUGUGCCGUGAUGGUAUGGCAUCAUGGGUUUCCUGGCCUACCUCUUCGUCUAUGUAUUCGGCGGCCUGACAUUCCUCCCUCUUGUGCUGGUCGCUGUGCUAGCAGCAUUAUGGGCACUGCUACCCGAUGCCAACAAUGCGGCGAAGAGCGCCUCGAUUUUAGACGAGCAGGAUCAAUCAGGGUCGGAAGGAGAGAGUAAGGAAAAUGGCGAAAUUGCCAAGACAGAGCUUGAGGAUCGUGGGACAUCAGAUGGCAGCGUGGCGGCCAGCUGUACGUUAGCCGUGCUGCGAAGCUAUCAUCUCCCUUCAGCGGUCGCAGCACUCAACGCGAGGAACGCUGUCCCCAACGGAGCCAGCUCUACUAGCCACGCUGCCAAUGGCUCGCUGGACGGCGCGCCAGCGGAAACGCCAAGUGGCGCCGGUAGCGGUAGCGAAAGUGUAUACCAGAGCAUGUACCGCACAGUCUUCGACCGAAGCAAAACCGCUGUGGCAGCCGCCACCUCUGUUCUAGAGCAAGGCGGAGACGGUACGACAGCAGCCGGAGCUGCACCAGCUAGCGCAAGCGCUGUCAAGAGGAAACCGGUUAUUCACGCCAGUGUAUUCUAUAUUGUCCUUCGCCAUGGCCACCUCAUGCUCUACGACUCUGCCUCUCAGGUCGAAGUUCGUCAUGUCAUAAGCUUGGCACACCAUACUGUAUCCCUCUUUGAUGGUGAGAUUUCAGGCGACCUUCUUAUGGACGCGGAUCUGUUUAUCAAGAGAACCGCGAUCGUCCUCACACCAUUGUCGGAUGCGUCCGCCAAUGGCUACCCCACCAAUAGCUUGCAACAGCGUGCGAAAUCGAAGCCAUUCUACCUGUUCUGUGCCACUGGUCCGGAGAAGGAAGAUUUCUACCAUGCACUGCUUGCUGCGCGCGCUACUCCACCGAAACCGCAGUCUAUUGAAUCCGAAGAUCUCAUCAAGUUGCAAUCGUUGUUGCAUUCCGCCAGCUUGACUUCGGAGACACGCGCGUUCAACGCGCUCGUGAGCCGUGUCUUCCUCGCCCUUCAUCGCACUCCAUGGCUUGAGAACUUCGUGUGCGAUAAGAUCGAGAACAAGAUCGCUCGGGUGCAGAAGCCGACCUUCAUCGCCAGUCUCGCGGUUAAGGCCAUCGAUCUUGGAGAUGCAGCGCCAGUCAUCAGUGCGCCGAGACUGAAAGACCUGAAUAUCUCUGGCGAUCUCACCCUUUCUUUCGAUGUGAAGUAUAACGGCGCAGCAUCACUGGUGAUUUCCGCCGUGGCGAGGCUCGACUUAGGUACACGCUUCAAAGCCCGUACGAUUGAUCUGCUUCUGUCCACUUCCGUGCAGCGUAUUGCCGGAAAGAUGCUAGUGCGCAUCAAGCCACCACCAAGCAACCGCAUCUGGUUCUGCUUCGAAAGCAUGCCUGAGAUGGAAAUUCACGUUGAGCCCAUCGUAAGUACACGGAAAGUCGCAUAUGGCUUCGUACUGCGUGCUAUCGAGGAACGUGUUCGUGCGAUGAUCGGAGAGUCUCUUGUGAAGCCGAAUUGGGACGAUGUACCCUUCUUCGACACACGGCAACAGAAGAUCCGAGGUGGCAUAUGGAGUGAUGGAGGCGAAGUUGGGAUUGAGCACCCGCUGAGUGAGCCCACCGACAGGGUGACGGCUGAGGCGCUUGGAAAGGGAAGCGAAAAGAGCCUUUCCACGUCUGCUCUGGUUGCGAGUUCUAGCGCUGCAAUGGAACUGCAAGCGGACUCCAGCGCAGCAUCAUCUGGCUCCGACACGCCAAUGAGCAAAGUGGUAGGCUCUACAUCUGCGGCAUUGCCAGAGUCCGCAGGAACACCUAAGCGGCAUUCUGUGGGGACCACCCUUCCAUUCCGACAUUCAGUCACUGAGCCACAGCCUUCACUUCCUCCGCCGGUUGGUGCAUUUCGCUCGCCUCCUCUUACUUCACCUCCGCUUUCAGCUCCCAGUGUCGCCAUCGACGAUACUAGCGGAGUUGCUGUACGUUCUGAUGACGCUGCGUUACAACCAGCUGCACGCAGAAGAUGGCGACCUGGCAGGGUCAGCAAUGACCCGCCUGGAGCCAGAAAGGAAGCAGCGGAGGCAAUCAGAGAGGUAAGGGACCGUAGCGUCCCGGGAGCGGGGCAGAGCUCUACACUACAAGAUGAAGACGCACGAAUGAGUUCAGCGGAUAUCAACGUUAUUACAGCUGACGCAGACGAAGCGCUAGAGGGCGAAGAUAUCUCCGUCACUGCGCUCCGGAAGCGGCAAGGCACGAAGAGGACGGACACAGACCGCUCCAUUACAAGCACAAUGUCGUCUGCGGCAUCACAACAGCAACAGCAACGCAAAACUAUACUUGCUAAUGCUGCCGCAGCCACCAAAGCCGCGCAGAACUGGAGUUGGAAUGCGAUCCAAAACCGGAGAGCUGCUAUGGGUGCCAAUGGCUCUCGGCAGCCAGUCUUUCGAACGUCGCCGAUGGGUUCUCGGACGUCUCUAGACAACCAGCAACAACAUAAACAACCUCAUGCGCAUGAUGAGCCGAUUGGUAGAGGGCAGCCUUUACCGCCACCGGGCACUCCACUCCCGGGUCCUAUACCACAGACUCAGCCGAGGACACUGAUUGGUGGUUUGGCCCGUGUCGCCGGUGCCGCCGGUGCGGGUGUCGGAGGAGUGCAGAGCAUAGGCACCGGCAGCGUCCGAAGGAAGCCUGUACCAGCCCUGCCACCGAGACCGACGGAGACGAAGCACGGCGCUGUCACCGACGAAGCACAUAUCGAAGAUGAAGCUCUCGGUCAGAUAGAGGAUGGAGAAACAAUUGAAGCCAGUGCAAACGAGCAGACUGUGUCCCAGGCGGAUGACGCAUUGCAAGAACCUCUACCGACUGAAGACGACUUUGGUCCUUGGCGUGAGAACAGUGGCAUCCCAGCUACGCGGGAGGGUCAGGGUGCAGGAACCUAUGAGGAACUGCACGAGGAGCUGCAAGUUAAUUCGCAGGGUAUCACUAUGGCCACCGACGAAGGGCCAUUUGAGCACAGCGAACCUGAGGCCGCGGCCCUUGGUACUCCACCGCCGCAAAUCAUCGAACCAACGACACCCGAACACAGCAUUUCUCGUCCAGCUAAGAAGAUUCCGCCUCCUCUGCCUGCUCGCCGACGAACUGGCAAAGCGAACAUGCCGAGCAGCGUUGAGGAACGAUCUCAUGGCGGGUUGCCACCAGUCGUUGAAACACAGCCUAAAGGAGGCAAUGACGCAAGCACAGUAUCCGCACAAACUCCUCCCGCGCCAAAGAUCACGCAGGCUGCACCUGGAAGCGAAGACGUUGGCUUAGGCCAGGAUCCACCGCUUGGCGGAACAAGGCCCAUCACGGCUGUGUCUGGUUCUCACGAGCAUAUGAGCAGCGCGCUCGAAAGCAAGGACAAGGCUCACAAUGACAUAGACGAUGAACAAGCCCCCUCACAACCAGCGCCUUCUUCACCACUGCUCGACGAAACCGAUCAUGAUGGUGACGAAGAGGCCAAACUAGCGGAGGAGAAGUUCAAUAAUGGUGGUGACCUAGAUGAGGCUGACUUUGAUCAUGCUCGUACUAGCACCGGGGAGGACCAACAGCCGUCUGACACUGCGCUACCGGAGGAGUCGUCUGAUCAAGAAGCCCGCAGCGCGCACAUUUGGCCUGACGAUGGAGGAGAUUCAUCGCCGACUGACCCCGUUGUCCGGAAGCAUGAUCAUAACUUAACGGCCGAUUUGCUUGAAGCUUCGACAGAUAGUGAGGCGCCUGCAAGUCCAGCGCAUACAACGAAAGCAGAGGACUUGAUAAUACCCGACCAUGAUAGAUGACAGUAGAUAAUGUAUAACUUACGACCUGUGUCUCUAUCACUUCAUCUACAGCGCAG